UUGUAAUCUUGUUCUCGUUGAACCAUCAUCUCGGUGGCAACACUAUUCCACGGUUUCUCCAGCAUCCUUGGCGCAUCUUCCGGUCGUGAAUAUUGCUCUGUGAACUUCCGCGUCCUGAUAAAUUUGAUUGUUAGUUUAGUGUCUCGAAAGUUCUUUGUGAUUUUAUUUGUAACUUAAUUUUAGUUGUGGAUUAAGAAACGAAAUGAUUCUUCGAAAAAUGGUAAAAGAACAAACAAUCUGUGUUUUCAUCAUUAUUGCUUUAGCAGAGUUCGCUAGCAGCCUUUAUUUAUCCCAUUCCAGCGUCACCACGGACCCUGGAAAAAGUUUAGCAAUUUCAUGUAAAGAUAAAGGAGGGCAACCGGUCAUGUGGAAAGGGCCCAGGGGGAGUCUCAGCGCCAACACGAAGCCAAAAAUACAAGAUACUUCUAUAGGAAAAUUGCUAAUUUUUAGCCCUACGAGGAUUCAGGAUACAGGCAAUUACACUUGUAGUGUAGUCAACAACAAGAAUGAUAAUAGUGUGUUCUCUUUAAUUGUAGAAGAUGCUUUAAAAUUUAAAGACACUCCAGAAGUUCAACGUGGCAAGGAAGGAGAUAAUGCCACGAUAAGAUGUGAAGUCAAUAGACCAUAUAAGAUCAGUUGGCAACUAGAUGAACAUGAAGAUGAAGUAGGCACAAAGUAUAUUCAGAUCGGCGACGGACUUCUUAUUAUUAACGUAACUAGAGAAGAUAACCGAAUAUUUGUUUGUGAAGCCCUUAAAUCUUCGACAGGACAAGUAAUGGACAAAAAGAUUAAAUUUAUUGUUGAACAUAAACCUGUACCAAUCACUAUACCACCAGAUCCAGAAACAGGAGAACAACCAUCUGUCUGGGAACAAGACGAAGAAGUUUAUGGAUUUUUAGGGGAAAAUGUUAACCUUACAUGUGAAGUCGAAGCCGAACCGGCCCCUCGAUUUGAAUGGAAAAGUGCGAAAGGACAGAAUAAAAUAGGGCGCUACUUAAAUGUCGGCAGCCAUAAAUCAGUUUUACAGUUAAAAAUGACUAAAGAAACUCCGGACAAGUACCAAUGCACGGCAAGUAAUAAAUAUGGCAAACUAAAAAAAUUUUUUGAUCUUCAAAUUGGUACGAGGCCACAGCAACCUGAGGCGAUUGAACUUAAAACUGCUGGAUCCGAUUUUUUGGAAUUGGUAGUAAAAGUUCCAGAAACGGAUGAAGAUGCCAUUGCGAAUAACAUGGAACCACAUUGGCUAAAUGUAUUUUACAAAGUGGAGGAAGCUGAGUAUUGGGAUGAACAAGAAUUUAAUAUCACUUUAGAUACUUACAUAUUGACGAGUCUCAAUUCCAGCACAAAAUAUGAAAUCGUAGCCGCAACGAAAAACGUCGCUGGCCUCAGUGCUCUGUCAAACAUCACUUACUUCAAUACUACUGCCGAUGACGACACCGGCACUGGUUCAUCUAAUACAGCAGCAUCAUUUAGUUUAGCAAUUAUUUAUACGAUUCUUUUAGUAAUUUGUAAAUUAGCUUAAAUAUACAUCUAAAAUGCGA